GUUGAUUUCACUACACUAGGGCGUGUAUGUUUGCCAAGAUGUCUUUUGUCGUCUCGUCGUUCUUUUGCCAUAUGUUAAAAGGCCUGUUGCUCUUGGUGAUGUGCUGUCAUCCCACUCGUGCUCGCUGUGCCACGAUUCGUUCAGCGUUUCUUCUUUUCCCGGUCGGCGCUGCGUUACAGCACGCGUCCUCAGCACCGAUGGAGCUCCUGCCCGAGUCAGCGCCGCAACAUCCUUCGCAGCAGAUGAAACCGAGCCUGCGUCGGGAGGUGUCCUCCGAGAUCGUAUCCAGUGCCGCGGAGGUUUUGUUUACCGAUGCAGAUCAUGACCAGCACGCUGGGACGGGGGAUCAUGUCGGCGAUUUAUCACGCGGGGAUGAGGGCACUGGACGUACUACAAUAUCCGGCCCGGCAACUACACGAGGCCGAGAAGGAGCGACAGCGGUCGCGGCAACAGACUCGCAUGAGGUGGAUGCUUCGAAUCAGGAUCCACAAGGUGCUGAUGCUGCAGCUCCUACACUUAGAAAACCACCACACGACGACGACGCUCACCAACGGCGCUCUACUCCUGCGCAAAGGCAGCAGCAACAGCAGCAGCUUUUGCGCGGGGAGAAAACUCCAGCUCAUCGAGUAGACGCUGCGACUUCCUCUACACAAGAUCCAGAAACGACCCGCCCGCAGAGUAGGUUACGACCAGAAGCAGAAGACGGCGCAAGAAAAAUAAAUCGCGGAUACAGAGAGAUAAAGGAAGAGCGGAAAAAUGAAGCGAGAAAGGUACUUCACGGGGAAGAAACCACACAAACCGUAGAAGUUUCGGCAAGCGCAGCCGCAGGUUCGAGGAGAACAGCCAGGUUUAUUUCAGCGGAGGAAGAACUGCAGGAGCAGCACGAGAUAAAAAGUAGAAUAUCUGAAGCCGAAGCGGAACCCGAAGACGAUAUAACGCCUGCAGCCGGGUCCUCAAAUGCAGCGACUGCGUCCAGUGAGAAAGAAGCGAGUAUGGUGGCUGGAAACGUGUUGGAUAGCGAUAAAACAACGGAAAUGGCCACAGGUUUGAUGUUCUGACGUGCACAACGUGGAUAAGCAUCUUGUGUUUCAUCUGUGAAGUUGCUUUUGCAUCUUGAUCUUUAAUAGUACCGCAAGCGAAGUACAUAGUGGUGCUUGGCGCCGGCGUCUUGGCAACAUUUAUUUCGAGGAUCAUUUUCACGUAUCAAGGUAUCUUUCGCACCACCACUGCCGGUGAAUACGGGCAGACGUGUCCCUGGCUCCAGAUUGACCUCGGAGCGAACGGAACCUCGGCGUCCAUUUCCCGGGUCGAACUAACCGCAGCCACGAGCCCGAUGAAGUUGCGCUGGACGUUUUUCUCGCACGACGAAGCCAGUUUUUACUCGGACGGACGGCUGAAGGGCAACGCCGCCGCUUGGGACAGCAGCAACAGUCAAAAUCCGGAGGCGGACAGUGCGCGAGACCAGGGGAUCAGGAUUUCGGUUGCGAAGACGGCGCGGGACCGAAGUGCCACGUGUGCGGUCCAAGCGGGCGUCUGUCAAGGCACUUCCGCGGGGGACGCCUGUCCCGCAAUCACGGCGACAAACAGCUACGACGGCACGACGAACGGGCAGGCGGACGCGGAAAGUCCCGAUAUGCACGAGUGCGAGACGAUCAAGUACACCAAUUCGAUAAGCGGGGACGGUCCAUAUCCUAUGUAAAAACAUCCCCACCCCAUAGUUGUCAUGCAGAUUUGCAGUCACAGGAAGAUUUGUAAGGCGCAUCCCAAUGAGAGCGAGGCAUUUCCAGUCAUGUUUUGGACUUUGUAAUGCCAUAAACAGGAUGAGUGUAGACGGCUUUGCGAUGCGGCUGCACUUGCUAAACUGCACUACAAUACAGAGAGGAACUUGUCAUGCGUGACUCCCAAAACUUCUCGACUUGUGUUGCGAGAUCCCCAUCUUGACUGUGGUAUGUAGUGAGGUCACCGAACGGUUCUAACCGGGGAGUUUUUUUGCCACCUACCGUGAAAAACGACCGGCAGUUUUCAAGCGGCCGGAAGGCUUUUUUGACAUAAAAAAUUUCCAAUUAUCAAGCGGCCGGGGCUUUGAUAGCAAACAAGCCCGGUCGAAAACUAUCGAUUCGCACUGGAUAAAACGACGCAGGGAAGCCGGCAAAAGGGGCGCCCUUCUGAGGCGCCCACCGCCUUGGUUUCUGGCGAUUUGGGGCGCCCAAAAAGGGGCGCGCAAAAAACGCGCCCAAAAUCAGAACAGCGAAACAGCAUGGCACGGCCGCGAUUUCGGAGCAUCUUGGGCGGCCGCGAAAGCGGCCGCCUUUUCGCCGGUUUUAGAGCCUGGGAAGCUUUGCAAAAAGCGCCGGCGUGAAAAAUAAAAACGCGAAAAAUAAAAAACGCCUCAGACGCGCAAAGCCAAUCCGCAUGCUAUGGGCCCGGUUUUUCUUCGCUUUUUGGGCGCCCCCCGUGGCACCCGGAUCGGCCCCAUAGCAUCGGGGCUGGCUUUCGGAAAGGAAUUUGGGAAAUGUGCCAAAAUUUGUGAUGUUUCCCAAGUGGCCGCCAUACCGUGCGGCAUAACGUUACUCACGGCGGUAUGGCGAGCCCAGAAAAAACAAAGGCGCGGCCAAGGCGGCGGUCGGCAAAAAAACGCCCACGACCUCACUACCCCCGCCCCGGCGGCUAUAUUUGGUAUGGGGACGUUUUUACUUAGGAUAGCCCAGACCGCUUCGUCGCAGAUACCGGCAGUGCCUUUGGCACCGCAUCCGUCACCUGUCGAAACGUAUCCACUGCAAAUACGUCUGGGCCUGGAAGGAUGCAAGGUUUGUCGUGCUUGUCUAGCAUGACUGAAGAACUUGUGACGCGUGUCCAAGUUAGAAGAGACCCUGUGCUUUCUUGUCAUGCAAAGACGCAGCUUGUCAUGCGGAAGCUGCCAGAUUAAGCAGCGCAGAUACACCUUCUCAUGCUUGGCUGUGCAUUUUUACAGGGCAUUCACUAGCACUCCCAACCCAGCAUUACAAGUUUCCAGACCCAGACAUCUACUUUGCAAUGCAUAAAACGCAACCACAGACCACUUGUCCGGCUACCGCUACGUCGUAGUCGACCUUCCGGGACAGACAGACGCCAGCUAUCCGAGGUUUCUGUCCGUCAGUAUGGUGAAGGUUUUUGGCUCGAGUGGCGCAGAGGCAGGAACGACAGGUGCAAAGGUAGUCGCGAGUACCACCACGACCCCGCCCUUCGCCUCCGCCUGCCACGGCUGCUAUGAAAUGCAAAUAUGUCCUCUGGGUCGGGAAGAUUCUGAGAUUUGUCAUGCAGUUUUUCCAAGCUCCGCCGAGUCUGGAAUGCAGAGCCUAGCACCACAGGAUCUGCAGCCCCUUUGAGAUGCCUGCUCUGCAUGAGAAAUGCCCUCCCAGCAUGACCAGAAAUGAGCACGACCUUUUGCAAGUCACGCAACACAGAUUUUUGUACGAUCCGCAACAUGCAUCACAAGUUCGCAUCCUUCUAGACAUCCAAGCAUAUUUGCAAUGCAUAGCUGCGGAGCGCGGACGAAAGAGUGCUGGAGCCAGUGCGGGAAAUCGUCCAGCGCCGCCAAGUAUUCUGUGCAAAAGUAUCGUACUCGUAUUGCAAUCAUGCAUUACAAAUCUUUUUCCUAAGGUAAAUCAGCAUUACAGAUUUUCUUUCCCAUGGUGAGGAGAUUUGUAAUGCAUUUAUACGAGUGCGAUACUUUUGCAGUUCAUAACAAGGAGUGGUGCGCAGCCUGCGCUACAGAGCCGAGCGAGAGUAACCGCAAGGGGAAUUGCUGUUCGUUCGACAAAGCGACCGGGAAGGUGAAACCGGGCCAGGUCGAGGGCUGUAUGGUGAUGAACCAAGAUCUAUGAACUGCAAAUAUCCCUGGAUGUCUGGAAUCUUGUGAUGCAAGGAAGGGAAUAAUGAAAACACUGUAAUGCGCUGCCCCGCAUGACAAGUUUUGCCGUGGUCUUGAGUUGCGUACUCCGCAUGAGACGAUGUUUUUUUUUUUUGCAUGACAGGCACGACGAGGAGCUCUUCGCGGCCACGCAAUACAGAGUUCAGAGGCAUGCCAGACUAGCAUGACAUAUCUCGCAUCAAUCUUCCAGACCCAGAAAUAUUUGCAGUUGAUAAGACCCCAAUCCCGAGCGGUUUUUCACAUCCGACUACUUGACGCAUUCUCAGCAGAGCAGUUACGGUUAUCGUAAGGGAAAAUCCUUCCUCCCCAUAUCGAGAACGAAAUAUGUGAUGCUGUAUUUGAGUACACAAGUCGACUUGUAUUGCUAGAAGGCCAAGAGCCGCAGUUGUGGCCUCGUUUGCAGGCAAUUUGUCAUGCUGUUUCCCCCUUCCAGCUGCCUCCUGUCAUGCUGAAGAUGCAAGGCUUUCCCACGCCACCCAGCGCUACAGUCCGCAUCUUUUCCCUUGUAGCAUGACAAAAUGAUUUGUGUACACAAAUCCCGCACCACAGACUUCCAUUUCGAUAUGGGGAGGGGGGAUUUUUCAUUUUGAUGUCGGUGCCUGCGUGGUGUUCCCGUUUCCGCAGCCGGACGAUCUGAUAUCAAGAAGAAAAAUCCCCCCUCCACGUAUGAAAACGGAAAUCUGUGAUGCAGAUUUGUGGUCACAGAUCAGCUUUGUCAUGCUAGAAGGAAAGGCAUGCGGAGUGUAGUACUGGCUGGCGUGGGAAAGCCUUGCGCCUUCGGCAUGACAGAGAGCAACUGGAAGUGGGAAACAGCUUGACAAAUUGCCUACAAACGAGGCCACCUGCGGCUCUUGGCCUUCUAGCAUUACAAGUCGACUUGUGUACUCAAAUACAGCAUCACAAAUUUCGUUUUCGAUAUGGGGAGGGGGGUUUUUUCCUUUUGAUAUCUGAUCCGCCCGGACGACACCUGCUUUUCGCCAAAUAACGGUUGGUAUGAGACGAUUGCGCAACCCCACCCUCCCUCUCAUUUGUCAUGCAAAACCCGAAGUCUAGUGCUUGCUUUGUGGUAUUUUUCGCAUGACAAAAUUUUUCCGCAAUCCCAAGCAGUACUAUGGUCGGCGCAUGAACUUGUCAUGCACAGGCUCCACAAGUGCUGGUGUUUGUAUUGCUGUCCAUGCCAUACAAGUACAACAAAUGAGGGAGGGUUGUGGUCUCUCAUAGAUGGAGCAGUCUGGACACGAAGAGUUGCGAGUGCUGGCACACGUGCGGGGAAAAGUAUGCAAGAAAAAAACUGUGUAAGUGUAAAUCUGUGAUGCAGAAGAUGCAAAACAGUUACACUUGUCAUGCUGGAAGUGCGUCAUAGGCUACUAUCAUACGUGUUUGCACGUACGUAGCUGCGCGUGACAGGUUUUCCCUGUAAUGCAAAACAAACUUGUUAUGCUGCUCUUCCUACAAAGUUACACUUACACAGUUUUUUUCCUGGAUAAAAAGAGCGGGAAGUGCAGUAAGUGCACCCCCGGGUCGCCGACCUCGGAGCAUUACGAGGUAUGCAUUGCAAAUAUGUCUGGGUCUGGAAAAAUGUCAGGUUUGUCAUGCUCUGCUAGCAUGACUGUCAAGUCUGUCAUGCAAGGUACUCAAAGCCGCCACUUUUGUGUCAUGCAAAAACCUAGUUUCUCUUUCUCAUGCAGAAUAGGCAACACCUAGCAACUCAAAAACCUGUCAUGCUGAGCGGUCAUUUCUGGCGUUCUCUUGCUUCGCCAACCAGCAUCACAAGUUUCCAGACCGAGAGGUAUUUGCAUUUGAUACGAAGGUGCCUGCUGCAAGAAGGACGACGCAGCGAAUGCAGCAGAGUGUGUAUUACAAUGAAAAAUGCCCCCACCGCCCCCGAACUUGGCAGCAUUUGUAUUGCAAACCUUUCCAAUGGAAACAUUCCCCGUCUUGCAUAUCUCAGCAUCACAAAUUUUCCUUGCUGAAAAGCUCAAAUUUGUGUUGCGAAGGAGCCCAACAGCAGUCGGAUCUGUUAUGCACAAGACACCUUGAUGUGCACCUAGAUUCUGCAUUAGAAAGGCUCGCAGUCCUUUCAUGCAAGACAAAAAGCUUUCACUUGGAAAAAUUUGCAUUACAAACUUCUGCAAAUUCCGGGGUGGGGGCAUUUUUCACUGUAAUAGUGUGCGCACACGGUGGCGUAUCCGGUGGCAGAUCUGACCAACGUGACGAGCUUUUGGUACCACGAGUGCGUGCUGCUCUCUACGAGCACGACGAGCACUACCAGCACGACUAGCACUUCCACGACCGGCACCAUUGCACCGCAAGUGCGCGCGUUCGAGAUGGGGAUACAGACGAGCAACGAAAAUGGUUCGGAUUUGGACGUAUCAAAUGCAAAUAUGUAUGGGUCUGGAAAGUUGCAACUUGUAAUGCUGGUCUUGCAUUCCUGUGAAAUCUGUGUUGCAUGACCAACACAAGUGGCAGCCUCGCACGUCAUACAAAAACGCAAGUUCUCAUGCGGAGUUCGUAUGAUAAAGCGUUGCGCAGACUUGUCAUGCUUUCCUGCAUGAGGAAGUGUUUUCAUCAUGCACAUUUUAUCGUCACAAAUUUCCAGACCCAGACAUAUUUGCAAUGCAUAGGACGCUAUCACGAGCGACGCGCAUUUCAAAGCCGCAAUUGCAAAGGGCUUGGCGGGCUGGUUUGCCGCGGGCGGGGGCCAGGACGCGAGCAGCUUCGAAACCACGGAAUUUCAGGACAGUUUGACGAUAACGAAGAAAACAUUUUCAUCAAGUGCCGCAGCAGCAGCGUCGACGCUCCUGGACGGGGGCAUGAUGAAACACAACCAUUCCGCCGGUGAAGAUCUUCGCGCUACUAGUUUUCUGGAAGAAGUAGAAGUAGAACAGCGACUGCUGGACGACCACAACGAGAGCAGUGAGAGCAAAGUACUGCCUUCGAAAAGAACCGCCAAUCGUCAACUACAUGCAAGUAUCGAAUGCAAAUAUCCACCCUGGACGUCGUCUGGAAGGAUGCAAGGUUUGUCAUGCACAUUUUGCAUGACUCCUGACGUCUGUGAUGCAUGCCCUAGCAUCACAUUUGUGGAGGCUUCCUGAUGCCUAUUUACCGUAUGAGAAAUGCCGUCUCGCCGUGGCAAAAACGGGACCGCUUUUGCUGUUCAUGCAGUACAGAUUCUUGUAGUAUCCAGAUGCAGCAUCACAAGUUACGUCCUGCCAGACCCAGACAUAUUUGCAAUGCAUAGCAAGUAAAGAAAAACAACACCUUGUCCGCAGGUCGACAUCAUCGGUGCCAGCUCCUGCUUUCGGAAAUAGUAAACUGCGAAUGGUUGACCUGCAACAGAAAACAGCUUUAUCCAAAGCGGCGAGGCGGAAAAAAAGCGGUGCAGGUGUGGUCCUCGAUAUUUCCUUCACAGUCUAUCCAACUUCCUUAACCGAGGCGGCGGCAUUGAACAGCGCGUGGCCGUCCGCGCCCGUUGGCGGUGCGCCACCGGCGGUUAUGACGGAGGGCAACAUGAACGGCGGCGCGGCUGCCUUCGACUCGCUGGUGUCCAAUUUGAGCACUGAAAUCACGAGUAGCUACGAUGCCGCGCUCAGUGCGAGCACGGCAACGGACGUUACUAGCGGUAUUUCUUCUAUGGGGGUGUCAGGAUCGAAAUCGACAAAAUCGAAAAAUUUGCAAUGCAUAAAAUGUAGGGCACGCAAUGCCUGUGUUGGGGAGCAGGCAAAUGAGACCGAUUGCGAGCCUGUUUAGGGGAGGGCGAUGCGCUGCCAGAGUAGCAUGACAGGAGCAGUGUUCUUUGCCCAAACAGCAUGACAGACUGGAAUUUGGUGCUCCCGAAAUUUGCCAUGCGCCACUUGGAAACUGAGGCUCCAACCGGUAUCGAUUUUAUGCAUCACAAAUUAUUUCGAUUUUGUUGAUUUCGAUCCUGACAGUUCCAUAUCUUCUCAAGACGCGGCCGCGGUGGGAGCCAGUACUGAAACCCAAGGUGGCGCAACGUCGAGUAGUAGUGCUGGUGCGGUCGAUGCUGGUGAAGAUGAGAAAGCUGGCGCAAACAAUGCCACUUCUGCGGGAGACGAGACAAACGCAGCGAAGGGAAUUUCCAUGGUGACCCUGCUCUACCUCGCUAUCGGCUUCGUGGUUUUCAUCAUUGUUACGGGCGUCGCCCUCGCUUUGUUCUCCGGCGAAGAUGCCUCAGCCGAAGUAGCGGCUGCGGGCCCAACGGUUGGAGCUGCUCCUGGUGCACGACCAAGCGCCUCAGGUCGUCCGCCGCUCGGGAGUACUAGUGCAGCGAAAGCAAAGCAAAAGAGUACAACUCCGGUAGCAGAAGUAAAACAAACAGAACUGGCGCCGGAUCAACAUUCACCUGCGGAUCAAGGAGAAACUCCCGAGGGGGCUGCUACAGGUACUCCUGCAGAGGCGGAUGGUGCAGCUGCUCCUGGAACAGUAGGAACUACUCCUAGCGGCGAAGGACAAGAGAACGGAGCUGCGGGAGGACAAGAGACUGGAACAGUUGUAGAGGCUGGAGCUGCGGAAGGACAGGAACAGUAGGGUGCCCGAAGGACAAGAGACUGGAGGUGCGGAAACAGAGAAAAAAACAGACGCGGAGCCACUUCAGGAGACGCAAGAUAGUGCAGCGACUACCUCGUAGAACAAUGGUGCCAGGAGCAUAAUUCAAUAAAGCACGAAUGCGUCGUGGUCAUUAUUUGGAAAUCCGAGCUGGUUCAUUUUGUUGUUACUUCAUCUCUACUUAGGCCCCACGACGAGGCGGCAUUGAUGCUGCUACAGCAGGAAUCGAAAGGGCCGAGAUUUUGGCCGGGGCGCUCAUCAAAUAUAAC